AUGGGUGGCCAGGUUUCCAAGGUGAUGGCCAAGAUCUUCGGAUCGAAGGAGAUGCGUAUUCUCAUGCUGGGUCUCGAUGCGGCAGGGAAAACGAGUGAGCAGCCUCUAGAUGCCAUUCUCUACAAGUUGAAACUCAACCAGGACGUCACCACCAUCCCGACCGUCGGCUUCAACGUGGAAAGCGUCACCUACAAGAAUGUCAAAUUUAACGUCUGGGAUGUCGGUGGACAGGACAAGAUCCGUCCCCUGUGGAGGCACUACUACUCAGGCACUCAAGGACUUAUUUUCGUCGUCGACUCCAGCGACACGGCUCGUAUGGACGAGGCUCGUUCUGAACUGCACAAAAUCAUCAACGACCGUGAAAUGAGGGAUGCGCUUCUGCUUGUGUUCGCCAACAAGCAGGACAUUGAGGGCCACCUGAGCCCCGAGGAAGUGACCAACGCAUUGCAACUGAACAAGCUCAAGGACCGGCUGUGGUAUGUCGUGCCCAGUGUAGCUACUCAGGGCACUGGAAUCUUCGAAGGAUUGGCCUGGCUGUCGAAUAACGUGAAAACCACGCCCCAGAAAUAA